AUGCAUUUAUCUAUAGAGGAUUUGGUUAACUGGCUUGCGAAUCCUAAAAUAAAAAAUAACCCAACUAUUAUUAAUAAAAAGGUCCCAAAAACAGAUAUAGAAUGGUUUGAUUUAAUGAAAGAGUCUUCUAGUAAAUGGCAAAAGAAAACCAAAGUAUUCCAACCAAUAGAAGAAGAUUCUGAAGCAGAAUUUGGCUCAACUACUCAAGUAUACAGAAAAAGGCAAAGAAAAGACUGGGGGAAGGAAACCCCAACUCCUAAAAUCAUUGACCAAAGAGAUGAGUCUGAAAAAGAUCCAAAAGAUUUAGAUAAAAAACAAAAGAGUAUUCAAACAGCAAAAGACAUGUUUAAAGUAGAUGGUGCUGAAUAUGCUUUCUCAACCUGGUUUGCAGAAAUAGAAUCCAAAAAAUAUGAAGCUGGGAUGACUGAAGAGCGAGCCCAAGAAAUUUUAAAUGCAAUUGACAAUGGCGAGUUCUUAAUAAGGCCUAUUUGCGAAUCAAAAAAGGCAGGUAGAAAAUACAUCAGGGGUGGCCCCAAUGUUAUACUUACAAAGAAAACGAAACCAGGAUUUUGGGUAAAAAUAGAUGAAAAAUUUCUGGUCAGAGAAGUCAGUGAGCAAUCUGAAGUAGAAAGACUUGAUACCAAUGCAGUAGUUUAUGGAUUAUAUCAAAUCCGAAAGCCAGAUGUCAAUCAAUUAAUGCCUAUAAAGAAUAGUACACUUAACUGUGUAGCUGAACGAGUAAUAGAGCAUUUUGAUCAAGCCAAAAGAGGACAUGGACUCACAAAAAUUCGUUGGCAAAAAAUAAAUGAUUGGGAGAAAAAAAUGCACAUUCCAGGUGCUCGAUAUCGAUCAGAUAAGUAUGAAGAAAUCGGAAUGGUAGUUCAUAAUAGCUAUGCAUUUCCAAGAAACCAGCACUUCCCAAGAGAUCGAAUGGUCGAAUAUUAUAAGGGUGAUACAUGGGAAGCUAUCAGUAAUGCCCUCAGGGGACCUCAAGCAAUCUGGCUUAUAGGAGUGGGGGAUACGAGUCAAACAAUAUCUCAGUUUGUUCUAGAAGAUGGUCGCACAUUUAGAACAUGGAAAAAGCAUACAGAAAUUAUAGAAGCGUGCAAACAACUGUCUCUAAAAGUUGUUGAUUUAGCAGAGCAGGUAUUUGGUACAAACCAUGCUGGAAGCCGACUCGCUAAUGAAAUCAAUGAAUGGCAUCCAAUAUCUGGAAAAGUAAAUGAAAAUAUAAGGCAAGCCUGUGUCGAGCAUGGGCAUGGUGGACACUGGAAUGCACCCGAUUAUCACGUCAAUGAUGUCGUAUGUAUCGAUAUGAAAAAAUGUUAUCCAGCAAGCAUGCGAGAUCAAGGAGAAUGUACACCAUGGUUCAAUAGGUUCGGACAUCCAACACACUACCUUGUUCGAGUUGCGGUAAAUGAAGAAUUGCCGGAGGAUGAUAUCACUGGAUUUGCACAGGUUGGCAUUCUAGAAAGUGUGACUAUUGGAGAGGCAAUAAUUUCUCUUACUAAACAGACCAAAGUAUGGCUACCUAGAAAUCGAGAUAUUAGUUGUGCAAUUAUAGAUAAGUUUACACAAGGUGGCAAGAUUGAUGAAAAACACCUUACUCAUCGACUUGUAACAGAUGAAGGUGAGCUUGAUUUCUUGAUCAAAGAUUGUACUGAUGCUGGAACUUUUGCCGGAAGAGAAAAAUGUCUACUCGGAUUUAUACUUACAUAUUACGAGGGACAUCAACCUCAAUAUACACAUUUGCGGGCCUCAAUAUUAGCAUAUGCAUAUAUUAAUUUGUUAGAGAUGCUUUAG